UCUGGUUCUAAUUCUUAGUACCUCUGAGACUUUGGACCACUGUGCACCUGAUUUUCCUCUUUUGUAUAAUGGAAAUAACAAAAUACUGCGCCGUAGGGAUCAUAGGAUCUGAUGGGAACAAUCAUGGAGUCGUUGGGAUGACGAAGUGAGAUUCUACAAGAAUUCCAGUUUGCUGCCUAGCAGGGCAGCCACUGAUCAUAAUGUGGAUAAUACAACCGAAAUACUCAGGGAGUGGUUGAAAAAUGUACAAAGACUUUAUCACUAUGUGGAAUGGAGGCCGAUGGAUGAACCAGAGUCUUACCCUGAUGAGAUUGGGCCAAAGCACUGGCCAAGCUCCCGGUUUUCCCAUGUCAUGAAACUACGACAGGCGGCCCUUCGAACUGCGAGGGAGAAAUGGUCAGACUACAUUCUGUUCGUAGAUGUCGACAACUUCCUGACUAAUCCACAGACUCUCAAUCUAAUGAUUGCAGAAAACAAAACCGUUGUGGCACCCAUGCUGGAGUCUCGGGGCCUGUACUCUAAUUUCUGGUGUGGAAUCACACCUCAGGGCUUCUACAAACGGACCCCAGACUACCUUCAGAUUAGAGAAUGGAAGAGGAUGGGCUGCUUUCCUGUCCCCAUGGUCCACUCCACCUUCCUGAUUGACCUCAGGAAGGAGGCCUCUGACAAGCUGACCUUCUACCCGCCACACCAGGACUACACCUGGACUUUUGAUGACAUCAUCGUCUUUGCCUUCUCCAGCAGGCAAGCAGGCAUUCAGAUGUACCUCUGCAACAGACAUCACUAUGGCUACCUGCCCAUCCCCCUGAAGCCCCACCAGACGCUGCAGGAGGACAUCGAGAACCUCAUCCACGUGCAGAUAGAAGCAAUGAUUGACCGUCCUCCAAUGGAACCCUCCCAGUUUGUGUCAGUGGUCCCUAAGUAUCCAGAUAAAAUGGGAUUUGAUGAGAUCUUCAUGAUUAACCUCAAACGCAGAAAGGACAGGCGCGACCGGAUGCUGCGCACACUUUACGAGCAGGAGAUCGAGGUCAAGAUUGUAGAGGCAGUGGAUGGGAAGGCACUCAACACAAGCCAGCUGAAGGCCUUGAACAUUGAAAUGCUGCCAGGUUAUCGAGAUCCCUACUCCUCCAGGCCUUUAACCAGAGGUGAAAUUGGCUGCUUUCUUAGUCACUAUUCUGUCUGGAAAGAGGUAAUUGACCGAGAGCUGGAGAAGACUCUUGUGAUUGAGGAUGAUGUGCGUUUUGAACAUCAGUUCAAGAAGAAACUGGUGAAGCUGAUGGAUGACAUUGACCAGGCUCAGCUGGACUGGGAAUUGAUUUACAUUGGUAGGAAGAGGAUGCAAGUAAAAGAGCCAGAGAAAGCAGUACCCAAUGUAGUAAAUCUGGUUGAAGCUGACUAUUCCUAUUGGACCUUGGGCUAUGCCAUCUCUCUGGAAGGAGCACAGAAGCUAGUUGGAGCUAAUCCUUUUGGAAAGAUGCUGCCAGUGGAUGAGUUUCUGCCAAUCAUGUACAACAAGCAUCCUGUAGCCGAGUACAAGGAGUAUUAUGAAUCCAGGGACUUGAAAGCCUUCUCUGCAGAACCCUUGCUCAUCUACCCCACCCACUACACAGGCCAGCCAGGCUACUUGAGUGAUACAGAGACCUCAACCAUCUGGGACAACGAGACAGUGGCAACUGACUGGGACAGGACGCAUUCCUGGAAGUCACGGAAGCAAGGUCACAUCCACAGAAAUGCCAAGAAUACGGAGGCACUGCCGUCACCAACUUCCCUGGACACUGCACCCUCAAGGGACGAGCUCUAACAGUUUUCGGAAACUGGGCCCUCCCUUGUUCGUCACUGUUUGGGUUUUCUAAAGGGCUGUUCAUCUGUUUGCUCCAGGGUAUUUUGGUGGUCACAAUCAUCUAACCAAAGUGGUCUGAUCUGAUUGAUCAAAUUAAUAUAUUUUUGACAGGGGCAGGGGAUAGAGAAAUUAAACUCAAAUUUUCUAUUAUGGCCCAAAGAUAGGUCCUAAUGCGAACUGCUAGGUUAAACUUCAGUCCAUAUACCCAAUUCUUUGGCUCACUGGCCACCCAAUAAUACUGCCCACAUUAGAGUGGCAACAUGGCUUAGAAUCUUGUCCAAGAGACAGAUUCACCAAGCUGUCACAUCAGUAAAUGGGUGGUCAGAGCAGCCAAGCCACUGGACCACAUUUAAUGGUCUGGAUCGCCUGUUUUAUGUGACAGAUGUGACUUUAAAAGCCCAAGCCAACAAGACUACAUUCAUUGGUCUAGUUGAUCCAUUUUAUGUGCCCUUGAAAACUUCUGCAUAUAACAAGUUUUGGUUUUUUUCAGUGAAGGAAUCAAACCAUUUAAAAUUAUACUAAUUGGGCUUUUUAUUUGAAGGAAUUCAGUCAUGAGCCUUAUUAUAAAGUGGAUCUUUUUUUUUUUGGUAAGCCUCAUUUCCCAGUAGAGAUGGUAAUCGGGUCUGGGUGAGGCAUGAUCCUUGACCAGCAUGGCAACUGGGCUCUCAUAAAGAUGUGUCUAGUUUUCCAUGUGACUAUAAUAUGGUACGUAGAUAUUGAGGGGCUUGUGUAGACAUUUGAGGCAAAAACAAAAAAAAAACAACCUUUGGCCUUUUUUACUGUGGCCACUUGAGCCAGGAUGCUGUAUUUAUAAAGAUAAAUAUAAUAUAUACCGAGUAAGGGCAGGGGAGAGUCCUGCCCUGUCCUGGGGUUCACAUGCGGCCGUAGCACCUCUCCACCCCUCAGCCUAAAACGAACCGCAGGUAUGAGAUUUAUGAGUUACUGUUGAGAGACAGAGCACAUUUUCGGGCCAGCAACUGCCCUUCCCUGGUUGUUCAUUAUGUCUCAAAUUAUUUAUUUUACAAAAUGUGGGGGAAACAUUUUUGGUAGGAUGAGGCAAAGAAACAGAUGUUACAAGCUUUCGUUGCACCCCAGGGAGGGGCCAGUGUCAACACAUUUGUUCCACCAUUUGAGUCUCCUGAAUUUCCCCGCCUGGCUUUUGCAAAGAGGCCUGUCUGGGGAUUCUGACCAUCUGGAAACAAAUUAUGCUGCACUUAAAGAGAGAGACUUUGGCCAGAAACAAUGGACUAGACCACAGAUUAGGCCAACAACAGGGGAAGUGAGCUCUUGGAACCAGAAUCCUAAGCAGACACCCUUUCUCAAAAGAUGUCCCCUGAAAUUCCUUUCUGUUUCAUUUGCAGAUUGGUUUUUUGUAAAAUUCAGGGUUGGACUAUGUGAUCACAGCCAGAUCCACUGUCUGGUGUCCUAGGAUAUCGCAUCAUGGUUCUCCUCAGCCAUCACCUUCCUCCCUGGCUUAUUGUUGAUAUUCUUCUCCACUGACUAAAUAAGCCAGUGGGCUGAGGAGAGGAGUGUUGCUCAACUCCAGUUUUUAACUGCUUGGACAGAAUUGUCAGAGCUUGGCUCUUCUACAAAAACAGGAAGAGCACCUAGGGAGCUAGUGAAAAAUCCUUAGGUGAUUCCUAAGGUUUCCUUGGGUAGCUGGUGUUCUGUUUGCAUAUUAGAGUGUGUGCAAGUGUGCUUGGUUUUAAUUUUUUUUUUAAUGGGCUGGGAAGUGGCUGGGGUAUUGGAAGUAGAGGGAGACCGAGUUGAUUUUUUGUGUUGUUUUGUUUAGUAGAGAACUUUUUUUUCCCUUUUUCCUGUCAGCUGGUCUGACGAGUUUAAGAAUUUUCAUUCCUUAAAUACAUUGGAUUUAAAUUCCAGAGUUUUAGACUAGGAUUGUUCUACUGUGAAUAAAGCUCUGACUCUGUCAGCCCAGGCUUUGCUUUUCCCAACUCAGGUCUGCAUCCCAAGGAAUGUUCUUUCUUUCUUUAUGAACUUUGUAAACUGCAGAUCUAGUAUUUCUUUACACAAUCAUCUCUUUUUCAAUCCAAAGUUUCUCUGACCUUUUUAUUUGUCCUGCUUCCCUUCUGGUCUUAAACCAAGACACCUUCCCUGUGUAGUUUCACACAAGGCCAUAAAUACAGAGCCUUUGCUCCUGGCCUUGGCAACUGCUCCCUCUGCCUCAGAGGUUAAAGCCAUCUGGAUCCCCCUCAGGAUCCAAGGUGGGACCUUCUGGACAGCUCAGUCUGGCGUUAGCAGUGUUGGUGCUGUCACAUGUCUGAUCACCCGCAGUUUGCAGAGGACCUGCUGAUGGGCCUUAUUUUGGGUUCCUCAGGUCUUUUGCAGGAAUCCUGGAGAUCAGAAGCUGAUGUCCCACGCCCUGCUUUGUCCAUCUUGCUGUGCUAUUUCAGGGUGUGAACUUGAUAACAUAUUUGCCUGUCAGAGCUCUUUGUGAAAAAUUAAAAAAUACUUAGCUCAAAGUUAUGAUUGGUCAUUGGUUGCUCAAACACUGACUUGUCAAUGGCCAACACUGCUGGGGUUUCUGGGUUUGCACUAAACUAGGGGUGUGAGAAGCUACAGGGUGCAAGAGGGCUGGGCUUGGUGGUAAGGAAGCUUUUUGGGCUUAGAGAAAGGACAACUAUGCAAAGAUCUGUCUGGAAAUGAUGGGGGACUCGGUAGGAGAGAAGAGCUAUGGACUGGUGAUGGGGAACAAGCGAGACCGGAUAAUGAUGGCAAAGUGAAUUGGCUGCCUUCCUUCUGUGGCCAUUGUUUCGGGGGGAAUUCUAGCUUGGGUUACUUUCCUGAAAGAUAAUGCAGAAGUUCUCAGUCAUAUGGUUUCAAAAACAAAGGUUCUCAUUCAGCUGCAAACUCAGAAAUCUAAUGAUUUUUCAUUUGUGGUUGGAGCAAAUCCCUUCAACUGAUGACUCUAAAGAUAACUCCCUUUCUAGGACGGUUUUCACAAAGUGCUUUGGGGACAUUCUCAUCCCCGGGAUGAAGGGAAAAGAAAUGAUCUCUAUGACUGACAAAAAAUUAAUGCAUUAAGGAUAAAGCGAAGUUAAAAUGAGAGUUAUAAUUUGGGAAGAAGCAAGCGACAUAGUCAGCUAAGAGGUAGCAGCCUUGGGAGCCAUCAGCAGGCCCAGGUUACGCUUUGUGCUGAGGUUUGUUACUUCAGAGAGAAUCCUUGCAGAAGAGCGAUGUUCUGAUUCAUGUGGAGGGAGCUGCCAGGGCACUGCAGGGCUGCUGAGACGAGGACACCACUUCUGGCCAAGCUUUUCUGUUCGCCUGCUUGGGAAAGAGAAGUAAAGGAUGUUAAGUUUUAGCACAUUAUGUUACAAAAGAUGACAUGGAGCUGAGUGUAUUGACGUGUGCCUGCUAUGCCAGCACUCUAGGAGGCCGAGUCAGGAACAUCCUAAAUUUGAGCCCAGCCUGGCCAACUAUGAUCCUGUUUCAGAAUUUAAAAUUUUUAAAAUGAGUUUGAGAUAUAACUCAGUAUCAAGGUCCUUGGGUUCAAUCUCCAGUACUAGAAAAAAAUACAUGGGAAAUAGUAACUCUUCCGACAAGGACAGAACAAGAGGAUUUAUAUUGCCAGGAGUAUGAGACACUGAAUGGAAUCUCAAGGCGAGAGGGUGACUCCAUCACUGGGCAGGGGAAUGGCUCCCUUUCUGCUCUGUCAGUUAACCUAAAGUGGCCUCGUGCUUUUGUUUUCGCUUUGUUUUGUCCUGUAGAUGUGUUAAUAUUUGAGAUGAUCCUUGUUUGGGUUGUUCGUGUCACACCAGCUGUGCUACUCCCAGCCCAAAGCCAUCCAUCCUCCCAUCUGCUGUGGAAAGGGUAGAAAGAAUGAAAAUUGUCUCUGGGGAUUGGUUUCUCUUCAUUUCUGAUUUACUGUGUAUAGUUUUAUGCCCCUCCCUUUAGUUUCCUUAGCUUGGCUUCCUCUGCAGUGGGCAUUUCAAUAAAACUGACAUUCUGAGCAACUCUGGGGCCUGUAGGGUGCCUGCUUCAAAGUUCCUGUGGAUCCAGAGAGGCCUGCACUGGGCCUUUCCCAGACUCUGAACCUUGGGGGAACUUGAUUUUCAGGCUGGAGUGAGAAACCCACCCUCUCUGUUCUGCAGAGAAGCUUAGAAAACAGCGACGAGGAGUCCUCUCUCAAAAGGGCAUUCAAAGUUUGAAGCUAACUCCCAAAUGGGAGUCUUCCCAGUGGGGACCGUGUAGUCUGAAUAGUCAUAGCUGCUUUGGAAAACCUCCAGCAUGAGCUGUGAAGACCUGAAGGGGACGCUGUCUGCUCAGGUUACACACAGGGGCAGAAGGUCUCUGCAGAGUUGUGUGUAAGAAGACGGGGCUGCUGGUGUUGGAUUUGAGAGAUGAGGGCAGUGGCAGCUUCCAGAGCAACGUUCUGCUGCCCAGAGCUGAGUCGAGGAGAGAAAUACUGGGAGCAGGGGAGACGAGAGAGAUCCAGGCUGGUUGCUGGAGACGGUAAUGCAGGUGCACAGACCAGAGGAGGAGAGGGAACCAAUGGGAAGAGUGGUGGAAAGGAGGUUCACACCGGAAGUGGAGACAGCCUGGUUCUUAAAGCGAGAAAGGUUUUAACCUCGCAGCAGUGGAGGAAGGCUGUGAGUGAGGUUCAGCCAAGCACCCUGCAAAGGAAUGAUGCAUCUGAGCUGUCCUGGAUGGGGACUUGGGAGCCGAGAGCUCCUUCCUGCAGUAAAGAUGCAGGGGUAGAGCAGGGAGGUCCCAGGGCCACUGCAGAUUCUGGUGAGAGCAUUCAGGAAGGUAGAGCCCUGCUCGGGCAGCUCCACGGUGGUUAUCCUUGAGUAAAAACCCAUCUAUACUGCAAAGCCCAAAGGCCAGCCAGGGAGACUGCAAGGGCCCAAACGCCUGUCUCCAGGAGCCUCUUCGGACCACAGCAGUGGAACAAACUACAGGAGCCCUGGGCGCGCUCCACCUGCAUGAGUCAGUGUUUCCCCAAAGCAGCAGCAGGCUGAGACUUUCCCAGGGUUCUGCAGUCCCACACGUGGGAACCCCACCUGUUUCACAGCUCACAUCCGGACCAAUUGGCUGCUCACCCAGGCAGGGAGGCUGGGGACUUGAGGACAUGACUUCCCUAGGCCAAACCCAAGCGCUGUCAUUUAAUACUACACGAACCUCAAGAGGUAGGAACUACUACUAAUCCCUACUUUUCAGAUAAGGAAACAGUGAAGUCAUAGAAUUUGCCUAAAUUCUUGGUUUGGGAGUUUGAUUCCUAGGCCAAAACUGAAGCCACUUCAAAGCUUCUGGCAGACAAUCUGUCUCAUUUCUGUUUUCUCACUAACAACUAAUCUCUCCCUCCACACACACACACACACACACACACACACACACACGCGCGCGGCCUGCCUCAUAUAUGCAGGAGUUUAUAGCUUCAAUUUCUGUGUACUUCCCCCCUGUGUAAUCUCAUACAUUGAUUAUUCAGCUGAUCAAACUGCAAAGCCUCAGGUUUAAUUCCGCUGGGGGUUCUGGCCACGAGACAGUACAUAAACGUGGGUGAGAGUAGAUGUCUGGCAAAGCUAACAGGCUCAUUUGGAAUGCUUCCAUUUCCAAACAUGUUCUGCUGCUUUUUUAUUCCUCUUCCGGUCUUUUUUCUUCUCUCGCUCCUCCCCCAUCCCCCUUCUGCUCUUGCUCUCUGUCACUUCCGUCCUCUCUCUGUACCAGGGGUUGAACCCAGUGCCUUUGCACUGAGCUACAUGUCCAGCCUCUGCCACCACACACACGCACGCACAGGGUGUUGUGAAGCCACUAAAUCACCGAGGCUGGGCUUAAACUUUUGAUCUGUCUCCGCCUCCCAAAGUGUCAGGAUUACAGGUGUGUGCCCCCACAUGCAGCUUCACUAUUUUUUUUUUAAAUUUGAGGUACUAACACCUGUUUAAUUCUUGUGUAAGUAACUGGCCCAGUAGCAUGUGCUACUUGGUAACAAAUGAUGGUGGGAAGAAAGUGGUUUCUCUGAGCAGCCUAUGCUAGGGCACGGAAAGUGCAAUGGCUGGCUGAGGCUGAGCAGAGGCCCUAGGACUGGCUCUCCUGACGGCACCUGAUUCCUCCCUUGGUGUUGUUCCUAGGAGCCAUGUGCACCUACCCCUUUGAGUUGACUGAGUCCGUGGAUCAGAAAAGGAUUCAAAUCCUGGUGGGGUAGGUAAUUCACAAAAAUCCUAAUCUUAACAGCCAUUUCCUCAUCAGUGACAUGGAAACAGGCAGCAGUGUUCUGUCCAGCAGAAGAAUCCUCCCUGGAGAUUUUAAGAACUAACCAAAUGCCCAUCUGACCAAAAUAGCUUGUGUGAGUUCACACACCUGGAAAGCUGAAGAUGGAGCCAACAGACCCCAGGAGUUGCUCCAGCCCCAAGAGGCUGAAGCUAAGUCACUAAAUUGCCCAGGCUGGGCUUGAACUGCAAAGACAACAGUGCCCUUCAACUUCUCCAGGGGCUCUAAAUUUCCUAUCUCUCUUCAACUUGGAUUGUGGUCAUGGGCUGGCCAAUGGACUGUGAAUGGAGGAAAUGUGUCACUUUCAUCUAAGGCAGAAUGGCUGUGAGUUCGUGCUCUUUGUACCUGUAACUUGUAAGACAAAACUGAGAUGGUAGAGUUGCAAGAUGAAAGCUGGCUGACCCUUGAGCCAUCAUUAGAGGAAAGCCACUAAACAGAUGAGCCUGACAUCAAGUAUACUGCCACUUUAAUGAAAAAAUAAA